UGCCUUCACGUGAUUUACAUCAUAUCUAAACCACCUUACUUUACUACAGAGAAAAGACGACGAUUGCCUGCGUUCGAGCACAUCAUCAGUCCGACGAUUUUAUUGUUUUUGGGCCACAAAAUCCUUAAGAGCUUUCUCCCUCCCAGCCAACAUCAAUAUAGUCGGAAUUUCUUAGCUUUUCAUCUCGUCCCUCAUGCAAUCGUCGCAACUAGAUUCUUUACACUUACCCCACGUCUUCGAUACCAGAAUACACCCUUGAUCGAUCUACGCAUUGCGGUCUGCGAUCAAGCCGGUUCGGAGAUCUCGAGGUUGUAUACCAGCGCACAAAGCAUCUGUUCGCACUUUUCGCCCACGCCGCUAUUUCAGUAAUAAAAAUGGCAAAGAAAAAAAGCAAUCAGACUUCUAGUGGUGAGGGGCAGAAUGCGACCCUUGACAACGCUUCGCAAACGCAUCCACAAACCUCAAAUGCUACGGAUACAAAUGGAGGGAGUCAAAAGAAGAAACCCAAGACGUCUAAGGAAGGAUCUUCUUCUUCGUCUUCGUCUUUCCAGACACUUAGCAUUUGUCGGAACAAGCAUUGGCGAUAUAUAUCUUCUUUCCACGGUCCUUGGCUCCAAAUGCCUAUCGAGAUUCUCGAAACAAUUGCCAACGUCAACUACAAUACCCCUCGGCCGUGCCCUAUUGACCCUGCCGUCCUCUAUGACCUACUGAAGAUUCGCCGUCUCGUUGACGAAGCCACCAAUCUCGCCGUGAGAGCUGCUAGUGAUAUUGCCUCACCUGUGUUGACCAACGUGCAUGGUGGGCUACCCGGCGCAUCUUCGAUGUCUGUAUUGGGAAUGACAGGACCAGGACAUGGGACAAGAUUGAGCCGCGAGCGCAAGUUUCGAAUGAGGGAGCAGGCAAGCCAGAAGCUUAGCCGCGCAUACCAUCUAGACGAAAUUGCUUGCAGCGUUGCAACAAUGCAGGGUGCGUCUCCAAUAGAUGAGAUUGGGGCGUUGGUGCUGUUGCGUAACCCACAGGAUCCAGAUGCCAAAUAUGUACAUUUCUUUCAUGAGAAAAUACCCUCCCGCCAGUUGGCAGAGUCUACUAGUCUGCAACCCUUGACAGACAUCAUAUCCGAGAAGCCCAACGAGGGCGAAGCUCUCCGAACGCGUGCAAUCGUCAAAACUUUUAAGGAGGAUUUCGAAGGUGCGGCUCAUGACUUGACCGUCGCUCUCACAGUGUGUCGAAUACAUCAACAGCCCCAUCGACCCAGUGGGGACGAACUCGAGUCGCAGCAUUCACAUCGAGGCAGAAGAUGGCGUCAGGAAAUUAUCCCAUCUGAGAAAGAUCAACCGAGUAGUUUAGAAUGUCAGUUGUUAUUCCUUCGUGGCGCGGCGUAUCUAUCGCUGGCAUGUCAGUAUAUCGAAGAUGGCAUCCCAACAACUCAGAGCCAGAAUGGGCAUGCCGAAACGCACAGCCCAGACGAGGCCUUUGAUCCAGAAGUCAGUGGCUGCAAGCCGCCAGAGAUUGAAGAAAAGUCUCUUCAUAAACAGACCGAAGCGCGAAAGCUUGUCAAGAAAUAUGCAAAGUGGGCGCUUCGAGACCUCCUCACCUUUAUGUCACAUUUCGAGUACGCGCCCAAUCUACCAUCCUCCAUCGCAAAGGACUUUAAUGACCGGGUUAAUAACUCCGCAAAAGGCGCUCGCCAUCCUCGGCCUUCUGAGGCUACAUACUCUCUCGAGCCACAUACCACUUACACCAUCUCCGAACUCUUCGCCGCCGUCCCUCCUUCAGACCUCCCUCCCUAUCCUAAUCAAGAGGUAACAAACUCCAAUGGCAAAACUCAGCCAUCCAUUAUGCCGCAGACAUGCGAAUGGUCGACGUACCACCCCCUUAUGGCCGACGCCCUCCACUCCCUCCUCCUUUGUCACUGUCUCGCCCAAACCUCGGCCAAGGAGCUUCAACGCCACACCUACAUGGCGGCAAGACUGAUCCGUCUCGCCGAUGGCUAUCCGGUCUUCCAACCUAGUCGCUCCCCUGCUCGGUCUGACUGGGUUGAAAUUCUCCGCCGCGCCGACGACAACUGGCUACAGCUCAGCGCCUCGUGGGAGACCUUAUGCAUACCUGCGCCCCUCCCGUUCUUAUACGAUACCCUCCCCCAGGAUAUCUCGAAGAUGCACAUCGGCGCUUCUCGUAAGGAAGCUGCCGCCGCCGCCGCAUCUCUAAUCAAUGGUGGAUCUGAUAACACUAGACCAGCCGUACUGAGUCCGGCAGACAAGCGUCGACAGCGCAAGCGGGAACAUGACCAGCGAGUCUGCGAAGCCCUUAACGAUGAACGAGUCUGUGAUGAGGUCACCUUCCGCGCAUCCAUUGAGGCCAGAGAGAAGCGCGAUGAGAAACAACGUGCUGCAACUGCCGCUGCUGCCAAUGGUUCAUCAUCCAAUGCCACAUCUACUAACAAUUCAGGUCUCAAGGGAUGGUCUGACGACGAUAGCAAGGACUAUCCCGUUUGCACUGUGAGGGCUAGUCUUAUCGCACAGUGGGUGCAGGAAGCACCCAUCGUCACAGGUACCACGCGACGCAAGAAGCGUACUAAGAAGGCUGUCAGUAGGACAGACUCACUGGCUGGCCUUCCAGAGAGGCGGAGCCUUGAAGACGGAGAACAAACUAUGCCGCCAUAACGACUCUUUGCUAACCCCGUAUUUAUUUGGUUGCCCUUUUGGCCACUCAGUUGGUGUGUCGCCUCCCCCCAUGCUGGAACCUUAAAUGAUGAAGAGUAAGCUUGAUAUCCGAAUGAUGACAUUUCGUGGACUUCACUGCGUGAUCUCGGGACGGAACUUGUCAUGACAAAAGAGU